GUAGAAACGGGCCAGACUAUACGAGUUCACCACGGUCUCCAAUAUCAUUGCUACAUGGUCGGGAAGCUCGAGCUGGUAUAUGCGUGAACAGUUAAAUCAGGAACGUUCGGCGCUGAGAGGAGACGGUUCUGCGGAAGGGAAGAGACCCCGGAGGACUCUCCAGCCCGGAAAUGUUGGAGAAAACCAAUUAUUGCGCUGCUCUCUUCGGGGAAAACCGUGCGGGGAAGAAACGUGCGGAGAUCUGACGAACGUUUAGUCAUCAUGCCGAGGGCUUCUGCAUCCGGUCAUUUCCGUAGAAAUCACUGAACAGUCAGACUACAAAACUGAGAAGGAUUCUACUGAGUUUAAAAGACGAUUUGUGGCUGAUCAAGUGAACAUGGGCGCCGUUUUGCCUGCCAGAUUCUGUAGAAGUCAUUGAACAGUCAGCCUUCACGGACUCUCUACCGACGAUUUGUGGUUUAUCAAGUGAAGAUGGGCGCCAUUUCUGGCCGUUUAUCUGUCGGAUUCUCUACUAAUCAUUGAACAGUCAGCCUUCGCAUCCCAACAAAACUGAGACGGACUCUCUACUGACGAUUCGAAGAUGGGCGCCGUUUCGGGCUGUCUCUCCGCCGGGUCUUCCAACCAGAUUCUGCCCAAGAAGAAAAACGAUGAAGGGAUCUACGACACCAGGAGGCUCCUGUCCGAGCUGAUCACGGUCCAGACCGCCAUCGUCUUCACGGACACCGGGUCGCCACAAGACACAGCCGCGGGGGAAGGUAAGGACUCCCUCGCCUACACCCUGCGGAGUAUCGCGGAGCUGAGCGGCCGGAUCGGGCGUAACAACGCCGCGGGCGGCAGGAUGAACGUGAAGGACCAGGGAGCGCUGCCGGGCAUCACGGAGGCGCCGAGCACGCUCAGCCACAGCUCCGGACAGUCUCGGUUCGAGGUGCGCCAGGAACACAACAUCACCCCCUCCGGGACUAUGCCCGCGGUGUCCGUACAGAGUAGGUAACUCCUUUCGGCUGGCUCAGGCACGGUCUUGGACAGUCCUCGUGUAUUUAGAACCGUGCUUUAUCCAGAUCCAUGUUUAGUCACGAUCCUGGAGAGUUCACGUGUAUCCAGGACCGUGCUUUAUCCAGACCCACGCUCCGGCACGGUUCUGGAAGGUCCACGUGUAUCCAGAACUUUGUCUGUGGCAAUUGUGCGUUCUUAAAUACGCAGAGACUAUCCAUAACUGUGUCUAAUCCCAACCCAAAGGCACAGAAGUAGAUAUGCACGGUUCUGGACACAAUUACACUCUCCUGGCUAAAUCGCGCUAAGAAUCUGCGCAUGCUUUCAAGUUUCAACUUGAUUCAUUCCAACCAACCAUGCAGAAGUGACAUGAUGGUAACCAUCUGCAUGACGUUGAUUUCACAGUUAUAAAAUGCGGCACUGGUUACGCCUCUAUAGAAGCUUGACACAAACUCUGACAAACCCUCCAUAAAGCCCUGGACAGUGAGAGUUUGUGUUACAUAGAGACUAAAGUCUACUGAAGACUGUGGGAUAGUAGCCUGGACUGUACAUGUAUCGCCGGUCUCACAAUCUGUACUUAAGUGUACUUAACUUCAAGCCUUUAGCGAUACAACUCAACGGUAUGGCUGCCAUUUUAUAACGACGUUCUUAAAAGCGUUCACAAUGCCAACGUUUCAGAGAAGUUUAAGCGCUUUUUAUUCUUAUUAUUCGGUCUUCUGCCAGAAACAAGUUGUACUGUUGUUCAUAACAUCAUUCCAAGUCCAAAGAUAUACAGUGAUGUGAUAACUCUAAAUGAUCGUAUUUCUGUUGCAAACCUGCAUAAUUUAACGUCGGUUAUAUAGCUAUUGACAAAAGCCAUUUCUUUUUUAAGUUGUACCAUCAUUCCUGUCUUGUUGAGAUGGCGAACAUUCUUUUGUAUCGAACUUGUGGAUAACUUAAUUUGGAAUGUCGAUCUUCUAACACCAUCUGGUGCACAGAUUUUACCUGAACUAGUUGGCUUUAUAUAAUUAUGUUUUAUGGUCUAUAAAAUAACGUUUUUAUGCGCAACAAAAAGGUAUUGUAGUGUUAUCGUGAAUGUUGUGGCGUCACCUUGACUGUUUCUGAAACCACUUCACAUCGAACUUUGACCUACAAAGACCCUAUUGUUGACUGAGUGUCAAUAACUGUGGAUUUGAAAUGUUGUUAAUCUUGUACUGUAGUGUGUAUCGCACCAUUGUUUGCAGACUGUCAGAUGCUGUGUAAUUUUCUACAAGUCAUAUAUCAAAGAUCAAGGCGUUCUAGACAGAGAAGGCUGAUAGUACGGGGUGACGUUUGUACUCGGCCGCUUUGAAAAGUGGCUAUAUGGUACUCAUAGUAGGUAUGAGCUGACCGAGAGUCUACAUGUAAAUAAAGCAUUGAGAUGUAUUGAAGUUUGGGUAAGUUGGUCACAAACAACAAUAGAAGGAUCGUAUUUGAACAUGA